AUGGACGCCGCCGACCCCCCGGCCUUGACGAGGCCAUUGAAACCCGGCCUUGCGGCCUUGACAAGCCUCCGGAGGGCUCAUUCGCGAACACAAACGUCACCAAAGCGCUUGGCUGGAAACGACACAACUACGGCACCAUCACCUCAGGUGCCGUCGUCGUCUGCCAAAGAGAACUACUCGGUACUACAACCUGUGACGACCAAGUGGACUGCCAAAAACAUUACCCGCGGGGGUUCGACCACCUCCAAGCCAUUGGUUCCCUUCUCAGAACGCCGAACUCAGCAAGAGAAGAGGCAGGCCGAGACUGAAGCUGACAGGUGGGAUAUUGCACCAGACGGUGGUUCAGCUGGUCGUGAGGGACGUCAGUUUACAGUAUCUAAUGUGGGGAACAAUGGGAGGAUAUAUCUAAGGCCCAGCAUACGACCUGCUCACCUACGCUACCCUCAGCCAAACUUUACCUUUCCCAUCACGCCACCAAGCACAGCCGUGGUGGAUAGCUGGAAUCCAGUCGGGCAACAAGACCACACCAAGGAUGGGGAAGAUGGUGAAAGUAAUUUUCCGUCACCAUGGACCCCAACCACGAGCGCCACACCCCUUGCGGGCGACAGGCAGACCCUAGCAGACGCCGGAACUCCAAGUCGACCCAGGCGACACCACCGAGCCAUGUCCGACAGCACGGUACACGAAGUCAACCACAGCAGUGAACAGGAACCUCGUACACUCAAAGUGUCAACUUCAAAGUUGGGCGAAUGUGACGAUCCUCGACCCCGGACCAUGGACGACCUGGACGCAAUGACCGGAAAGCCGAUUCUCGAUGUCAACAUACCCUCUUGGCGCCUUGGAACACCCCGCUUCAGUGUUCGAGGCACUCCCAUGAUCCGAGGCUCUUCCUAUGCGCCAACCGAAGACUUGCGUUCCAGCGCCAUGUCAGACCACAGUCCUUCAUCUCAAUCCCGCAAAGAGCCUACUCCAGCAAUUCCAACGAGGAAGCCUAGUCCUCUAGCAGUUCCCGGGCAUCGUUCCCCUUCUGUGGCCAAACGUGGGGCUCCUGGUUUGCCAUCACCACGCAUUUCACGCCCGGCGCGGCCAACCUUCAUGUCGACACACUUGGCCAUUGAGCCCGCCAUGUUCACCGACUUGACUUUGGAACCAGCCCGUGACGAUGGCAGCACCGUCCGCUAUUCCCCCGCAGGGGCCGUAACAGCAGCGACACCCCCCCGGCUUGUCGCCGAAAUAACGUCCCCUUGCUUCUUGGACUAUGAACUCAUUUCCGACUUCUUUCUCACUUUCAGAUCUUUCCUCGAACCAACUGACCUUCUCCAAAUGCUGAUUGCCCGUAUGAGAUGGGCGCUGGACCGCAACGACGAGAUUGGCAUGAUUGUCCGUGUUCGGACCUUUGUCGCCCUUCGACACUGGAUAUUGAAUUAUUUCGUGGACGACUUUCUCACCGACUACGGCCUGCGCGUGGUGUUUUGCAACCUAUUGAACGACUUUGUUGACGAGCUCUGUCAAGACGUUGACUCCCGCAGAGUCCAAUUAAAGAUUCUCGCAGAGCUCAAGAAGUGUUGGCGCCGGGUUUGUGCGCAAUACUGGGACGGAGCCGAAUUCGACGAUCUGCCUGGUGUAGAGGCAACCAUCACACCUGGCGGCAUGGUUGGUAGUCGAGAUCCUGGCCUGAAUCCUUCCGCGUUGGAGGCACAGAUGAUGGGGCAACAACAAACACUACCACCUACUACUCUACAACCUAAACAGACCUCUCCUUAUCCUCACGCCGUGUCUUUACCCGGCGAGAUACCCAAGGCGAUGCAAGUUGGGGACUUUGUGGUGCUGGAUAACCGGCCUGGGACUCCUGAGAAUCGCAUGAGGGGAUCCAUGGACUUGGAACACGGCCCCAACUCGCCACGCAGUCCGGCCAGUGUGGAUGUCGUAUCGUGCUCGUUCCCCAGCAAAAGCAUGCGGGCUUGCAAUCCUAACGCGACUGAGUUGAUGGCUGCUCACCCAGUGCCCUCAGCAUCCGUGGGUGUUGCCUCUGGGCCGAUAGCAACAGCACCAAAGGCGCUGGUUGGGAAGCGAGUUCGUCCGGCCCAGACGCACAAACGUAGUAAUAGUCUAUCAGAUUCCUUGCGGGAUCAUGGCUCUGACAAGGCUUCUUCUACCGACCAAGAGGCUCAUACAAUUGCGCCAUCUAAAGGGAGCCUCGUACGUGGUAACUUUCUCCCGCCUGGUCAGGCCUUCGUCGACGUGGAAUCUCACCAUCGUUACGGCGAUUCUCACCGACAGACAACCAUAUUCCAGUCAAAGAGUCACGAUCACCCCAAAGAAAGGGCACCAGGCGGUGCCAUGUCGGGCUACGGCAUGCGCAAACUUCUUCGCGGUGUCCGCAAGGCCCUAAAAGCCAAAGACCAAGGCCCUCAUUCUGCCAAGUUAGUGGCAGACAUUCCCACGGUUGGUCCCCGAGGUGCGACAACAAACCGAAUACCCGGAACAGCCGUGGUUCCUCAACAGCUCGCCAGACACAAUGGCGCCCGCCCCCCUGUUAGGAUUGAUCUUCUCGGGGCUGAGGUCGCUGAGGAUUUCAAAAAGGCCAUCCGUGAGGAGGAAGAGGCUUUGGCUGCAGCAGUCGACCGUAAACAGCCUUCCGGCGCGUCAUUCCAGCCUCCAAAUCCGUCACCAAUGCUGUCAACAUGCCCCGAUUAUCCAGCCGCUCGUAUGAACACUUCAACAACCCUCGACGCCUUCACGUUGAACCAGAAGCAAAGGCCAGUUAGUGACAUGGGAACAACGGUUGGAAGCAAGUCUAUUGUCAUUGUGGACGAUACUGUUCCUUUCGAAAUGCCCUCGGGUGCCUACGGAAGCGAGAAUUACUCCGUUGAUGCUUUUGCGGAUUCCUUCAUUCAUCGUGGCACUGACCCGACUCCUCCAAAUACACCCCCGGAGCAAUCCCAAGCGGCUGGAAUCUCUCGACGGUCGUCAUGCCUUGUCCACCCAGACGUCGCAAGGCCACCCCUUGUAGGGGAAAAUAUUUUGCCUCCAUUCAUCCCAGACCUGGCGACAUUAGAAGGCAGCCAGAGUGCAAGAGUCUCAGAGGAACAGGCUCGACCAUCAUUGUCGGCAGUACGCAAGAGCAGACAGCAUCCUCCCCUAAGUAGAGGAGUAGUUCGGCUACGUAGACGAACCCGAUCGUCAAAAAUACACCAAUCCUUGGACUCGAUAAUGCAUCGCCGGGCCACCUCCUUUGGUAGCGUGUCAAUUUCGCACACCACCGAGAGCUUUGAUGCCACCGCCACGGCCACAAGCGACUUGGACAGCGUCUGGCAAUCUCAAGCUUCUGUGCCCGCGCCGCUUCGUGUUCUCCGGCGACGACCCGGGGGGGAUUUGAAAGCCGCUACAAAGGUGGGCGACCUUGACCGGUCCAUGGUAAGACGGUCGCAAUCGGUGGGUUCUUUGGCAACUUUUAGCGAGUCUAUGCGCAGCUCCUAUAUGUUGAGUACUCGUCCCAACUCUUCGGGGGAAUUGGAUCACCCAAACGCGCCGUUGACUUCGGGCGAAGAAGUGUUUUCACUCGGGCAGCUGGCAGAGAAACCAUCAAAGCGGAAGCUCUCACUCUUCAGCACACAUUCCUCUAAGCCUGUCAUGCGACCGUCGUUCGAAGCUGAGGCGCAAAAGCUUGCGCAAAUCCCAGACGAAGAAGAUGGCGGCAUUGAAUCGGCGCUUAUGAAACUGGAAGGGAUAAUUCCCAAAAGAUCUCCCAAAGUCUCUGUCAUUGGUCAGCGUCCAGAUGUCACCAACACCGAAACGAAGGGAGAAGGACAGCCAGAAGACGUUGCCGAGCUCAACAAUACAAAACUUGAUGCGGAAAAUACGGACGAGGAGAAGGGGAUGAACAGUACCGAGUCGUAUUCGCAAUAUCAUUUGGCAGAUGAAGCCGAGCACUGGCAGAGGGUUCCGGUCGAGCAACAGCCCAGGAAGGCCGACGGCACAACCGGAGCGCCGAUUUCCUUUCUUUCUGAAGUUUCGCAGGAGUCGUACUGCUCGAUACCGCUCCUGAAGCGAGGGCUCGGCGACGACACGAGUAAAAUGUCACCUCGAACUUGGACCGACAGAUCCGUUCUCCGAGGCUCAGACGACGAAGAUUCGGUCUCCAAUGCAGAGCACGUAAGCAAUGCUCACGAUGCCACGCAUUCAUCGUUUGAAGUCGUGGAAAAGUCUGACAGCAUUGACCGAAUCAAGCCUGGCGAAACAAUGCCCUCAACCACAUCAGGAAUGGAGGGCGAGUCCUUCUUGCGAGAUGACAGCGCAGACAACACAGAUCUAUCUUCAGAAUUAUCCGAGGAUGAGCGUGGUUCUCGGGGAGUCAAGGGACAUGCCAACCCUCUCUCAGAUGGCAGCCUUCCCGCACAUCCUCUGGCACAAGAGCCUCCUUGCAACCAGAGGCCGAAAACAGCUUCGGGGCAAGUAACUCGGGCCCAGGGCAUGUCGGUGACGACAAAGGCUCCCGAUGCCGACCACACCAAUUUCAACACUUGGCCCAGAAAGCCACUACCCCCGACCCCCGACUUGACGCCGAUUGUGGGCUCUCCUGACAGUCCACCGUUCGCCGAUGAGAUGGCUCGCAGCAAUGCGUUGGCUGGCGACGCCAAACCUGGCACGUCAGCCAGCCCCAAGCUUGCAGUUCACUUGCCAUUCAUUCUGGCCUUCGACUCGGACACCCUGGCUCAACAAUUUACACUGAUUGAGAAGGAUGCUUUGAACGAAAUCGAUUGGAAAGAACUGAUCGACAUGGACUGGAAGAACGGUGCUAGGGGCCAUUCUCGGUCAUGGGUUGAUUUCCUGAAGAACACAGACGCGCAAGGCGUCGAGGUUGUGAUUGCACGAUUCAACAUAAUGGUCAAGUGGGCCAUCUCGGAGAUUGUCCUCACGCAGCAUGUUGAAGAGAGAGCCAGAUGCAUAAUCAAGCUGAUCCACGUCGCGGCCCACUGCCGACGGUAUCGCAAUUUUGCAACUCUUGCUCAGCUCACGAUUGCUCUGUCGAGCAACGAAAUAUCUCGCAUGUCCAAGACAUGGGACCUUGUGCCAGCAAGUGACUUGAAGACGCUCAGUGAUCUCGAGCUUCUGGUCACUCCCAGGAGGAACUUUCACAAAAUUCGACAAGAGAUGGAACUGGGGUCAGAUUCUGGAUGCAUUCCGUUUGUCGGCAUUUAUACACAUGACUUGCUUUACAAUGCACAGAAGCCAUCUGAAAUUGCAAGUUCCCCGACAGCCGCACCCCUUGUCAACUUUGAACGGUGUCGCAUCGCGGCCUCUGUUGUCAAGACACUUCUCCGCCUCUUGGAAGCCAGCACUCGUUACACGUUCCAGCCCAUUGAAGGCGUGACGGAGCGGUGCCUCUGGAUCGGGGCGCUUAGUGAUGAGGAUAUCCGAAAGCAUUCCAAGAGCCUCGAAUAA